AUGGAAUCUGAUUCCAAGUACGUCGCGUACAACAACUCUGUCACCACAGUGGGUAACACAUGCGGAAUUGACUUCAGUCAGGACAGCGUCUUCCUUCCAGCUCUUUAUGGCCUUUUAUUCAUUAUUGGGACCCCUCUCAACCUGCUUGCUCUGUUUGGUCUGUACAGGUUAAUCAAGUCUGAAAAUGUCUUACCGGUGUAUGUCAUUAACCUGUUACUCGCAGAUGUUCUUCAGCUAUUCACUUUACCCCUGUGGAUGGAUUAUUACGGCAAUGGCCAUUAUUGGCGUUUUGGACCCCGAGGCUGCCAAAUCAUGGGUUUGCUUUUUUACAUCAGCAUUUAUGCCGGCAUAUUCUUCAGGUGCAUCAUAUCCCUGGAACGUCAUUUGGCGAUAGCCAGGCCAUUUAAAUUCCAAGCCUUGCGAAAGCUGAAAUUUGCACGAUGGAUAGCACUUGGCAUAUGGGUUUUAAUUGCAAUGCCUCCUACUAUUGCCUUUAACAAACUAUUUCCCAAACAUGAAAAUUAUACACUCUGCAUAGAAAAGUACCCCUCUGAGCAAGGUUUUAUCACCUACCGACUUAUUACCCUGCUGCUUUCAUUCAUUGUCCCCCUGGCUUUCAUCGUUGGUCUCCACAUUCAGACCCUCCAUUCACUAAAAGCACUUGGUUCCCUUGUCUCUGAUGAAAAGAAACGCAUCAGGGCAUUACUCACCCUCCUCGUUGUCAUAUUCGUCACGGUCUUAGGACCCUAUCAUUUCAUUGGAUGUGUGAAGUACGUGGGACUACUUCUUACCACCAACAUUUGUGAUUGGGAAAUAAAAAUAUUUAUGCCCUAUCAGGUCAGCAGAGGCCUGCUCAGCCUGAACAGUCUCCUGAAUCCAAUACUUUACAUCUUCAUGCGUACUGAUUUCAGAGCAGCCACAGCUAAUUAUCUACCCUGCUUGAGAAGGAUGAGGAGCCUAAGUCUGAGGACUUCUGAUCAAACAAACACCACUGAUUCCUAA